AAUAGAGUGGCGGUUCAAUGAGCGGGUCAAACACUAUCUCAUGAGGACUGGUCAUGGUUGGACCGGCCCGAAGAGGUUGCUGUCGAAAUAACCAAUAGAUUGCGACUGGGGGCGGGACAAUCCCAGGUGAUUGCGGGACGAGCUUGGAUGAGGGGCUGUGGGCUGGUUGUUGACGGUUGGUCGUACUGGUUGCGGGUGGCUUGCGCUAUCAGGAACUUCCAUCCACAUUCAUGGCGUCGGCGGUGGUGGUAACUAACUGCGAGGUGGGCGAGGCGAUCGUGGCCGGUGGUGCUACUAAUGUCGCCGCCACCGCUACCCCUGGUCUGGAGCAGAAGAAGUUCGAAUACUUCUCCUCUAUCAGUCCUAUGGCCCGGAGGAUCAUGCUGGAGAGGCAGAAAAUCCGCGAGAAGUACGGGCCGCGCUGGGACACGCUGGAGCCCAGAGAGCAGGAGGAGAUAAUCGACAACUGGAUAGUGGAUCCCCAUAUCCGCAGCCGGUACAACCUGCAUCGCAGCCAGAGAGAGGAAACGGUCUGUUAUCCCAGACUACAGCUCCAAACCGGCCAGAAGGUUGUACAUUUCGGGGAGGAGGAAACGGGAAAAGGCGUGAGGCUGACCAAGCCCUUUAAAACGGAUAUUACAUGGCAAGAUGAGCACUCUGCUCCAUUCUCUUGGGAAACAAAGAGUCAGAUGGAAUUCAAUUUUGCCUCUAUUGCUGCUUCUGAACAAGGAGUUUCCGUACAAAGUGAACAACGGCAGCCUGUAAAGACAUCCCAAGGAAAUCAUCAACUUAAAAUAUCCCAAGGAGGGCUUCCAACCAAACCACUGCAAAAUGGAAAGACACCAAGCAUAGAUGGUCUUGCACAAGUCAGAAAAGAAGAGUCAUCCUCCUUUUGGAAACUGAGUAAUGAAAGAUCCAGGCUGGAGGGCGAACAAUCUGAUUACCAAUAUGUAACCCCAAGUCAGAUUAAGUCAAUGGAGAAAGGGGAAAAGCCACUUCCUUCCUACUUAAGACAAGAAUCAUUACCUAAGGAUAAAGAUGAAAAUAAAUCCGAGAAACAUCGGGUGAAGAAGCAGGAACGAAUAAUCAACACCAACGUCUCAUCAGUUUUUAUUGACUUGGACAGGCCAAGGACAAGCCAACCUUCAGUCAGUGUAUGUGAUGGUGUUUCCACUCCUAGCCAUACUGAGAAAUCUCCAGAUAAAAAGACUGUUUCAAAGGAAUCUGUAGAUGAAGAGCGAGAUGACUCCUGUGCAUCUGAUGCACCAUUAUUUUUGCAGAUUAAUACAAGUAGUUCUAUUCUAAAGACUGGAUUUGAUUUCCUGGAUAAUUGGUAAUUGCUUCUGCUUCACAAAUCUUAACCCAAAAAACCUCUACCAUUUUGGCUUACGAUUGCAAAAGUGAUACUUCUACUUUAAAUUUGGGAGUUGAAGUGGAUGAAAAUCCUGCUCCAAGCCCUCAGCAGUCAACCGGGCAAGAUGACAUCACAGAUUUGUAUAUUGUUGCACUUAGUAUGUAUGAAAUGUGUGCAUUAGCUUUAUGUAGAUGGAAAAUAAUCCUUAAAAUUAUUAAAUGUAAGCCACACUUUGGAAUUAUUCAUCUUUUAAAAUGCUCCAUGAAAUUCAAAUGUACAUUUGAGCCAGGAUUCCUACUACAAACUAUUUUUCGCGGUCCCCUUCUGGAAACUAUUACAAGAACAACGGGGGAGGAUUGGUUGUCUGAAUCAAAAUUUGAAGAACAACAAGUUUAAUCAAUGGAAGGAAAUUUUAAGCAAAUGAUUGUCCACUACUAAAUAUGUAAGCCCAGAAGAUAAAGCAAUUAUGUAGCAGUCAAGUUUUCUUCCAAGAUGAAUCCCAGGUUGUUUUAGUUUUUAUACUUCAACUGUUAAGUGUGCAUGUAUACCUUGUAAAUGGAGGGGUGGUAGGAAGAAAUCCAAAUAAAACUACAUAAAGGAUUCCAAAGUAUGUAUAUUAAUGUAUCCAUGGUGCUUAGGAGUGAAUUAGUGGCAAGAUUCCUGAACAAGGAAUGAUUGUACCCAAGGUGGGUGAUAACUACACUUGUGAAAUUUGCUACAGAAAGAAAGUGGCAGAGCUCAGCUUAAAUAAGUGUCAUAUUACAGAAGUAAAAACUAUUUUCUGGCUCAAUGCCGUAAGUUGGUGUUCUCUAAUCCAAUGUAAAUAAAUUUGUUCAAUUUGUACAAAUUUUACCAGAUGGAUCCAUUGCUUAAAUGGCCAUUUUGAUCACAGUAAUUUUUUUUAACCUCUGAAAUGGGUACAUGAACAAGUAUUCCAAAUGCAUUUAUAUCUACACUGAAGUAAAAUCCUUCAGAAUAUGUUGCUUGUUUUCUGCAUUUAUCUGCUAGAAUUAUACAAUGUUGUUCAGCACAACGAACUUAUAUAGUGGAAACAGCCAGCCAUUUACUUUGAAAACCUGUGUAUGAUAACAAAUCUAAACUCUAACAGUAAUUAAAGAAUUUAAAAUAACAUGGGUUUAAAGUUAUGCAAUAGCCAUGCAGAAGUAGAGCUUACCUCUUUUUCGAUGAGGUGUAGACUAGAUGUUUGUCAUGUUACUUGCUCCACCUUUGAGUGCCUGUCUAAACAGUUGUGCCAGUUAAUGUUGAAUUGUAAUUGUCAGCUGUCUUUACGUGAUACAUUUUGUUGAAAUGCAUGUUGCAGAUAAAUAUUGAAAUAAAUGCCCACAGUUAUCUUGUGGCUU